AAAUACUACCCGCCGGACUUUGAUCCUGCUAAGAUCCCAAAGCUCAAACUCCCAAAGGACCGACAGUAUGUGGUGCGGCUCAUGGCCCCCUUCAACAUGCGGUGCAAGACAUGUGGUGAAUACAUCUAUAAGGGGAAGAAGUUUAAUGCCCGUAAGGAGACUGUUCAGAAUGAGGUGUACCUGGGGCUUCCCAUCUUCCGCUUCUACAUCAAGUGCACGCGUUGCCUGGCAGAAAUCACUUUCAAGACAGAUCCUGAGAACACAGACUACACCAUGGAGCAUGGCGCCACUCGCAACUUCCAAGCUGAGAAGCUCUUGGAGGAAGAGGAGAAAAGAAUGCAGAAGGAGAGGGAAGAGGAAGAGCUCAACAAUCCCAUGAAGGUCCUGGAGAACCGAACCAAGGACUCCAAGCUGGAGAUGGAGGUUCUGGAGAACCUGCAGGAGCUGAAGGAACUCAACCAGCGCCAGGCAAAUGUGGACUUUGAGGCCAUGCUGAAGCAGUACAAGGAGUACGAGGAGGAGCAGAAGCGGAAGGAGCAAGAGGAGGAUGAGCAAGAGAUGAAAGCUAUGCUGGAGCAGGCCCAGAACCGACGGCUGCUGGUAGACUCCGACUCUGACGAAGAGCCUGCAAAAUCACGUACGAAGCCUGUGGCGAAAAUGAAACCUACGGACAUCUUGCAGGAAGACCCUCAGCCCCAGAGUAAGAAGUUGAAGGCUGAGAGCUGGGAGCGGAGUGUGGGCAAAUUGAACACGAAACCGCAGCUGGCCGGCCUGGUCACAGUGAGGAAGCAGAAACCAGGUUCUGCCCUGGCUAAUGGGACAGAGAACCAAGGCACCACGACCAACACCGGCUCGUUUCCCACAGCAACGGGCACGACGUCCUCCCUCGGCUUGUUGGGGGCGUAUUCGGACAGCGAGGACAGCAGCAGUGACUGA